CGCAGAGGAGGGCGCUCGCAGCAGCAGUUCGUGCGGCGUCUGCGCACGGGCUUAUCCAGCGCGCGCCGCCGCGUAUCUUUUUCGCCGGCGCGCCGCCUGUGUGCGGUGCGGCGGGCGUGCCGCGGCGAGACCUUCCCGCUGGCACAUCUGCAGCGCGCUCGGCUCGCCUCUGCCUUCGUCCUUCUCACCACCACUCCCACACCCAGCACGCCGUCACCAUGCUGUACCAGCCCAUCGCCAAGUCGCAGCUCGAGUGGCUCGCCAGCCUCAACCCGCUCGAGCACGGCAUCUCCAGCUCGAACCGCUUCUUCCGCAAGACCUCGAUCAUCUGCACGAUCGGCCCCAAGACGAAGAAUGUCGAGAUGCUCGGCGCCCUGCGCCGCGCCGGCAUGAACAUCGUCCGCCUGAACGCCUCGCACGGCUCGGCCGAGUACUUCAAGUCCGUCGUGGACAACACGCGCGCCGUCGUGGCCGAGACGCCCGGCCGCCCGCUGGCCAUCGCGCUCGACACCAAGGGCCCCGAGAUGCGCACGGGCAUGAUGGUCGACGGCGAGGACGUCAAGAUCUCGACGGGCCACGAGUUCUACGUCACCACGGACGACGCCUACGCCGAGAAGUGCAGCGCCACGCACCUCUACAUCGACUACAAGAACCUCGCCAAGAAGGUCGAGGUCGGCCGCCAGAUCUUCAUCGACGACGGCAUCCUCGCGCUCGAGGUUGUGGCCAUCGAGUCGGAGAAGCUCGUGCGCGUGCGCGCCUCGAACAACGGCGUGCUGUCGAACAAGAAGGGCGUCAACCUGCCGCUCACGGACGUCGACCUGCCCGCCAUCUCGGAGAAGGACCGCCAGGACAUUCUCUUCGCCGUCGAGAACGACCUCGACAUGAUCUUUGCCUCGUUCAUCCGCCGCGGCUCCGACGUGCGCACGAUCCGCGAGAUCCUCGGCGAGAAGGGCGCGCACAUCAAGAUCAUCUCCAAGGUCGAGAACCACCAGGGCGUGCUCAACUUCGACGAGAUCCUCAAGGAGUCCGACGGCAUCAUGGUUGCGCGCGGCGACCUCGGCAUUGAGAUUCCGGCGCCGCAGGUCUUCAUGGCGCAGAAGAUGAUGAUCGCCAAGUGCAACAUCGCCGGCAAGCCCGUCAUCUGCGCCACGCAGAUGCUCGAGUCGAUGAUUGUCAACAACCGCCCGACGCGCGCCGAGGUCUCCGACGUCGCCAACGCCGUGCUCGACGGCGCCGACUGUGUCAUGCUGUCCGGCGAGACGGCCAAGGGCGCGUACCCGAUCGAGGCGGUGCGCAUGAUGGCCGAGACGAGCUUCCUGGCCGAGCAGUCGAUCUCGUACGUGCCGCUCUUCAACGAGAUGCGCAGCCUCACGCAGGUGCCCACGGACACGAGCGAGACGGUCGCCAUGGCGGCCGUGAGCGCGUCGCUGGAGCAGCAGGCUGGUGCGAUUCUGCUCAUGUCGACGAGCGGCAACACGGCGCGCCUCGUGAGCAAGUACCGCCCGCGCUGCCCCAUCCUCACCAUCACGCGCGACUCGCACACGGCGCGCGACGUGCACCUGUACCGCGGCUGCUACCCGUUCCUCUACCCGCACCCGCGCCCGGCCGACAACAGCAAGUGGCAGGAGGACGUGGACAACCGCAUCAAGUACGGCCUCAGCGAGGCGCUCGCCCUCGGCAUCGUCGAGAAGGGCGACGUCGUCGUCGCCCUGCAGGGCUGGCGCGGCGGCCAGGGACACACCAACUCGCUGCGUGUCCUCACCGUGCCCGACGCGGCGCGCGACUUUGUGCUCGAGGGCACGGGCAACCCGGCGCGCGAGUCGUAGAGCAGCCGAGGCUGUCCUCGUCCGCCUCUCUGCCGCCGCGUGCCCUCGCCUCGCGCCGAGCUUCGUCUGCACUGCGCCUGACGCGCCAGACCGUCUCUCGCAGGCCCGCCUAGAUAUCCCUCGCGAAGCCGUCCCGCAGCCCAUGCCGUUCCGCUCCGCUCAUACACGUUCCUUUCCCGUCUGCUCUACUUGUCACGAAAAAAGCCAAGCCGCUGCAAUUACAUGCACUAGACCACAGCCUCGAGCGCCGGAAAGACGGGCAGG